CAGAAAUAUCCCCCUCACCCUACCCAACGCCAAUCAUACCCGCCCUGACGAAACCCGCCUCUCUCCCUCCUCUAUCACAACCUCCUCUUCAUUUGCAUACGUUCGACUGUCACACUAGCGCAACUCAGACGCUGCACUCUGGUCACUCCGAAUCAGAAGCCUUGCACACCCAAGAGGCACGUCAAUACCUCUCAUCCGCCCUUGACGUUCGGAAGUAGGGAUCCACCUCGUGACCCUUUUUCCUCGGUCCGACAACAGGACCCCCUAUCACCCCGCAUCCUCAUACAAAGUCAGGCUUCAGACCUUGCAAAGGCUGCAGUAGCGUCGCAUACCCCCUCUAUUGUUCUGUAGCAGCGGACGAAUACCCUGCAUACAGACACGCACUUAGGAGUGCAGUCAUCGCAACCAUCGCCCGCUCGAUCCCAGGUCCAGGCUUCAAUCAAAAGGUCCCCUACCCAACAUGUCUGCGAGCUACUCGGUCUUCACAUCGCCGAAUCAUGCUCCUAUCCCCAAUCACUUGCCUACACUGAUCGUGACCCCUCACGGUCAGCCGCAUCACACACUAUACUCUUACAUCCACACCAACCAGAACAAGGAGACAUACCUGCUCACACCUUCUCCCCAAGGUGAUCUAUGCGUUGCAAAGAUGGUACCACCACCGGGGACAAGAGGUCCAGGCGGCCCCGGUGAUAUCAGGUCAGAUCCAGGCCACAGCACAGGCGGUGAUUCCCAAGAUCGUUCGGUACGAUGCGAGGCUUCUCGUAAUCUCAGGUGGUCGAUCACAAACACCGGAAUCAAUGCGCCAGUCUACAAGUUGACGUUGCCAAACCCGGAUGCACCAGGCCACGAGCAACCCCUGUUCCAGAUCUCCAAGCCCAACCCAAUGGCUCCUUACUGGACCAUGUUCUACUUCACUUACGCUGGUCACCUCAUUCCGCCGAAGCGCAUCGAGUUUGGCAAGAUUCAGAAGAAUGCUGCUCAGGGCUCCGGAGGCGGAGGAGGCACAAGGGUGACGAUCAGCGGCAAGUCAGCAGAAGAGAAGGCAGUCUGGCAGACGCUGGGAGAGGGCAACGAGGACAUGGUCGAGUGGAUCGUCUUGUGUGCUGCCUUGAACGUGUUGGACGAGGAGAUCAUCAAGGCAGCAGCUGAGCAGAUGCCUCCGCCUGGAAAGAGAGCGCCAGCCGCUUCUUCGACGUCUGGAUCUAGCGGGGCUUCCGCCAGUCGUACAGCAGUACCCUCCUCGAGACCAUCCGUCUCCCCGCGCGUAGGCGGCAAUGCCGCCGCUGCUCCUCGUCAACAAUUCCCUGUGCCUAUGCCAGCGCCAGCUAGGGGUCCCCCACCUCCGCAACAGCAGCCUCAGCGACAGCAGCAACAGGCGUUCCCACGCCCCAACCCUUACGGUCAAGCUGCACAGCCCAUGCCACAGCAGCAGUACGCUCCUCAGCAGUCCCAGUCUCGUCCGCCGCCGCUGCAGAUGCCAUCUAGGGGUGCUCCUCCUCAGGGUCAAUAUCAGGAACCUUACCGCCAGGCUCCAUCACCUCAGAUGCAAGGCAGAGCACCACCACCUUCGCAACGUGGCCCCGCGGUCGGAGGAGCUAGGCCGAUGGGUGCUCUCAAUGGACGCUCGCCUGGAGGAGGAGGCAUCGUUCUCAACUCGCCUGCAUCUGGCUACGGAGGUGACGGCUUCGGCGGGGGCGGGUUCGGAUCGGGUUCCGGUGCGAAUUCGCCUGCCCAGGCAGCCGCAGGAGGUCGGCGCUUCUGAGGAUGUCUCGACACGCACGCGACGUCAUCUGCACAAUCGGGCCAUCCCUAGUAUCUGCUCUGCACCCCUCCCUCAGUCUUCCGGACCUCACUGCCGCGCCGGGCCAUCUCAGUCCCCUCACUCAGCUCAUCUUAGCACUGCCUGUCAUUUCGUGUGGUUCACGACAUCUGCCUUCUCAGUCUCGGUAUCCCGUUUCGAUGUACAUAUCAAUGCCUCGCUCGCUACCCUCCUUCGCUUUCCAAAGAGAUUCUCCCUCUUUCGCCUAUGGCGCACUUCUCCUCCCUCAACACACACACACACACACUCUCUCUCUGUGCCUUCCACUCCCUUCCAUCUUUGCAUCCUCUCAUCCUCUGGCCGAAUAGGUCGAAAUAACUACAAUGGACAAUUGAUCGAUUACCCCAC